GGUGAAGAGUAGCCGAGGGCGGCCGGCGUUGCGGGACUAGAUCGAGAGGCGGAAGGCUGCAAGCGGCGUGGAGCGAAGGGGACUUGGGCAAAGCGCAAAAGGGCGUGCGGCACAGUACAAAGAGAGAACAGGGGCAGCAGCCGAAGCUGGGGAUUGGCUUGCUGGAGAGACAGGACUGCCGGUUUGCGGGAAAGCAAACGGAGAAGAGGAACCCUCCAGGACGUCUAGAAGGCGAGAGGCGGCGGCGGAGGAACGGGGCAGAACGCCCGAUCCCCGCGACCUCUUCCCGUCCUUCUCUGCAGGCACCUGCAGCUGCAACAUGACCCUGGAAGAUCUGGCUGGGGAUCAUCAGGCUUUUGGAAGCAUGGAGAAGGUGGGGGAUGCCCUGGAAGAAGUCCUGAGCAAAGCCCUGACUCAGAGAAGCAUCACCGUUGGGGUGUAUGAGGCUGCCAAACUACUCAACGUGGAUCCAGAUAAUGUGGUGCUUUGCCUGUUGGCAGCAGAUGAGGAAGACAACCAGGAUGUUGCUUUACAAAUUCACUUCACUCUGAUUCAAGCUUUUUGUUGUGAAAAUGACAUUAAUAUACUUCGAGUGAAUAACCCAAGCCGCCUUGCAGAGCUUCUGCUUUUAGGGGCAAGCGGAGGGGUUGAACAGCCUGCAGACUUGCACUGUGUGCUCGUAACAAAUCCACAUGCUUCUCAAUGGAAGGAUCCAGCCCUAAGUCAGCUGAUCUGCUUUUGCCGUGAAAGCCGCUACAUGGAUCAGUGGGUCCCCGUUAUUAAUCUGCCUGAACGGUGACAGCAGGCAAAUAAAGUUGAACUGAAUAGAGAAAAGUUGCACUGAAGUUUCAAGAUACUUUAGUUAUUUGCUCAGGAAGUAAUUUCCCAGCCUGACACAAGGAUUACAGUAAUUGAGGUCAAGUCAGUAGGCUGAGGUUGAACUGCACAUUGUGUGAAACUGAAGGAUGUUUGACAGCACGGUUGGUCAGUGAUGGACUCAAAGCAGAAGCCAUGUUGAGGGAGCAAUAGGAAGUCCCCAGAGGAAGUUAAGAGUUCUGCAAGACGGUUGUGAAAUCAAGUGUGGCAGAUUCCUUUCAGAAGCCACCAAGUGGGCUUAGUUGGCAUUGUCAGAAAGGAAACUCCUAGUUUCUGUUUUAAAUACCUGUCACUUUUGAGACCGAAAAGGUUUCGUUUACUCUAGCAAUCCAUCCUCUUUUGUUUCAACACGCCCAUUUCUUCAGUUUUCUUCUAAGAAGUAUUAAAUUAUUUCGCAAGACCAGUGAAAGAUUUAUUUAUGCUAGGGAUUUUGUGCACCACUUGUAUUAAAAUGGUUGAACUGCUGCUUUUUAAUGUUUGAAAUUGGACUGUGUUCACUGAAAUAAAACAUUUAAAAAUCACCAGGAAA